UCAGCUUUUUGUAAAAUUGUAAUUUUCAGUAUUUGAUAAAUGAACCAUUUAUUAGAAAUUAUUUAGAUAAAUCUCGACUAAAUACAAGGAGUAAUGGCGAGAGACAAAAUGUUCGAUCCUGCUUUCCAAAAAGCCUUUACUGAAGCAAUUCAUAAAGAAACGGAUGUUCGAAUGAAAUGGAAUUUAAAAUACGGAUCACGAUUCAGAAGAUCUGAUGCAGUGAAAUGGGAUGAAGAUCCUGAUGGGGAUGAUGACGAAGAGCAAGUGAGCGAUGACUCAGAACGAAAGAAAUUAACUUCAAAGUUGCCGCCGACGAAGGAGGAGAGGGCGUGGCCCGCAACAAAACCUCCUGUGUCAACCACCAUACCAAGAGUCAAUCAACCUCCUAGAGUUAUGAAACCAGUAUCACCACAAUGUAGAAAACUUAUCUAUCAAGGUAUUAGUCAUGAUGGUGAAGGUCGAAGAAUGUAUUUGAAUCAGCGAUACAGAGAAAGGCCAAUGGAGAGAUACUAUUAUCCAAUUGUCAAUUCAUGGGAAUACGGAUGGGAUUAUAAACAAUAUGAGUGUGAGGAUUGCUCACGAAAUAAAAAUGCUAAAUAA